CCGCCAGCAUCUGCAGGUUUCAUGGGGGACAGCUGGGUGUCCCCCAACAGGAGUAGCCUCUCAAACCCUACAGAGCCCAGCCCCCUGCCGCCCUUCUUUGAGAUGUCACACCAGUGGACCAUAGGCAUGGCUGUCCUAAUGACCACCAUCAUCUUCCUCAUUCUGGUUGGCAACAUCAUGGUAAUUGUGGCCAUUGCAAAGAACCAGAGGCUGCAAACCUUGACCAAUGUCUUCAUCACCUCCCUGGCCUGUGCUGACCUCAUCAUGGGGCUGUUUGUGGUGCCCCUGGGAGCUACCCUGGUGGUGAGUGGCACCUGGCUCUAUGGCUCAAUCUUCUGUGAGUUCUGGACCUCGGUGGAUGUUCUGUGUGUCACUGCCAGUAUAGAGACCUUGUGUGUCAUCGCCAUAGACAGGUACAUUGCCAUCACCUCACCCUUCCGCUACCAGAGCCUGCUCACCAAGGCCAGGGCCAAGGGCAUUGUGUGCACAGUUUGGGCCAUUUCUGGACUGGUCUCCUUCCUGCCUAUCAUGAUGCACUGGUGGAGGGACACUGAUGACCCUGAGGCACUGAGCUGCUAUGAGGACCCUGGGUGCUGUGACUUUGUGACCAACAGAGCCUACGCCAUCGCUUCCUCCAUCAUCUCCUUCUACAUCCCCUUGGUCAUCAUGAUCUUUGUCUACUUCAGGGUUUUCAAGGAAGCCAAGAAGCAGAUGAAGAAGAUUGAUAAAUGUGAGGGCAGGUUCCACAACAACCAGGUGCUGAGCAAUGCCCGUUCGAGCAGGAGGAGACUUUCCAAAAUGUUGGUGGCCAAGGAGCACAAAGCCCUGAAAACCUUGGGCAUCAUCAUGGGCACCUUCACCCUGUGCUGGUUGCCCUUUUUCUUGGCUAACAUAGUGAAUGUCUUCUACAGGAACCUCAUCCCGGACAAGCUCUUCUUGUUCUUGAACUGGUUGGGUUACAUCAACUCCAUCUUCAAUCCCAUCAUCUACUGCAGGAGCCCAGACUUCAGGAAAGCCUUCAAGAGGCUCCUGUGCUGUCUGCGGAAGGCGGACAGGCGACUCCAUGCAUCUGCUGACCUCUCCAGAUAUUCUACAGGAUUUGCAAACUCUCUAGAUACCAAUUUACAGGCCACAUGGUCUGAUUGUAAUGGGACCACCCAGUAGUCCUUGGAACCAGCCUAGCCCUACCUGAGGCAGGUGGGCACAUCCCUGUGAGACCCCCACACUUCACCUCUCAUGAGGUUGGUUCUCUCUCUACAUGACAUGGGGUCUUGGAAGCACUUCACUGACCGCAGGUGCCUCAGUCGGGGAGGGGUCCGCUCAGGGAUACGGAACUGGGAGAGUUUCAGGACAUUUGGACAUUGCAGCAGGGUGAGCUGGCACUGCCCCCGUCCCCCUCCCAGGCUGGCACUUCUCCCAGGACCUCUCCUCGGGUUGGCAUGGCAGGUCUCCACGCUGCGGGCACAGUGUGCUGGGAAUUUUCCUUAUUUAUGAGGAUUUAUGUAAUGGGAGAUUGUGCAACAGGGUACGGGCCCUUUACUGGCGGGGCCCCUCUGGCUUUCGGGCCCCGCAUUGUGUUUGAAUUGUUGUAAUUUAUUAUAUGCUGACCUCUACCUCAGAUUGUGCACAUUGCACACGACGCAGAACCUGAUAUGUUUAUAUUAAACAGAUGAUUAUGGGGGGGGCAGCUGAGAUAUGUGGUCCUGUAGGGCGCAGCCGCUGCCUUCAUAUAAAUGUCACAGGAUUCAUAAUUAUCGUAACACCUGUGGAACUACAACUCCCAGCAUACACCGUCAAACAUUAUCCUGUUAGUCCCUCAGCAACUGAAGUGCCACAAGUUGAGUCCAUUAAGAACUACAAGCCCCAUCAUGUCUUAGACCUUUAGACAAAUACGGCGGCUGUCAGCUCUUCUAGGACUACUACUCCCUGUCGGAUGCAUAAUGCUGAGUGUUAUUCCCACAGGAGCUGCAGAGUUGUCUUCGUAUUUCAGUGUAAAUAGCAGAUGUAGGACUACAACUCCCAGUGUGGUGGGUCAGGAUGAGGUUUCCAAUACUAUAAGUGUUGCUGAGCCUUGUACUUCUACCAGAGCUCAUGAG